AUGGUACGAACUCCAGGAAGGCGAAACGGAAGGCGAGGAAUUAGGGGAGCUCGCGGCGCGGAAGAUGAGUCAUUGGAGCGACGCGGAGCGGAUGGAGCUCGCAGCGGCUGUCGUUUUCUGCCGGCACAGCGGGGAGGUGACGCGGCGGAGCGGCGGCAGGGGGGAAGUUUACUGUCGGCAGGUGUGGCGCGCGAUCCGGCGGGGAAACCUGGAAUGGCGGCGCAUCCCCACGGCGAUGGAGAAGCAGUGGACGCGCAUGAAAGCGCGCAGGCAGGGGGGGCGGAGCAGGAGGUGGGGGGAGCGGGGCAGCAGGGGGGUGCUGCGGAGCAUCAUGCGGGAGGCGCGGGGCAGCAGGCAGGGGCCGGGGGGCAGCAGGUGGGGGCCGUGGAUGAGCAGCGGCAGGGUGGGUCUAGUAACGCGGAUGAGCAACCCAAUAACGCGUCAGGGGGGAACACAGGGGCAAAGACAAAGGGGAAGGGAAGGGCCAAGGCCGGGGGGAAGGAUAGGACAAAACCAGCAUGGUUCGAGUACAUUCGCGUGUUCUAUGGGACUGAGCUUCAGGCGCGGAAAAACGUUGCUGCCAAUAAGGCUAGAAAGGCUUCUAGAGCAGCUGCUGCAUCUGCUGUUGCGAUGGUAUUGACAGCCCCGAAACAGCCCGCUGAAAUGCCAGCGUAUGCGUUUCCUGAGAGCAUUGGUUCAGGAUGGGGAGAGAAUAGUAGGCAGCAGGAGCAGCAGCCGCAGGAGCAACAACAGCAGGGGCAGCAGCAGCAGCAGCAGCAGCAGCAGCAGAAGGGACAGCAGCAGCAGCAGGGGCAGGGGCAGCAGCAGCAGCAGCAGCAGCAGCAGCAGCAGCAGCAGCAGCAGCCGCAGCCACAGCCGCAGCCACAGCCGCAGCAGCCGCAGCAGCGGCAGCAGCAACCCUCUGACACCUACCUGCUGUGCCUGCGCAGCAAAGUCUCUCCUGUUCCUGGUGCUACAGGUCCGGUUUCUGGCUUGACGCAAAGAUCUGGUGGAUCAGGCAACAACCUGUUGCGCCUGCCUGGUAACAGGGUUACGUUUGCUACCGGCGCUACAGCCCCCCUGCCCGCUACAGCCCCCCUGCCCGCUACAGCCCCCCUGCCCGCUACAGCCCCCCUGCCCGCUACAGCCCCCCUGCCCGCUACAACCCCCCUGCCUGCUACAGCCCCCACCCCCAUGCCAGCUACAGUCCCCUUUCCAGCCACAACUCCCCUGCAUGCUACAAACUUCUAUUCGACUGCAUCAGCCCACAGACAAGGGGCAGCAGCACCGGGUAGUUUGACUUCUGAGGGGGGCUCAUUACGUGGUAGGCCUGGUAAUAUCGAGCGGCGGGAGCGGAAGGAGGGAAGAUCUGCACGGAGAGGAACAGAGAGGUUCACAGGAGGUGGAAAGGUUCCGAGUGCAGGGUUUCGGGCGAGAGGCUGGGCGAGAGGGUCGGCGAGAGGUCGGGCGAGAGGGUGA